AUGCGUUCUUUCUUCGCUUUGGGCGCCCUCGCCCUCUCAGGCUCCCUUGAGCUCGCCGCGGCUGCCAACUGCCGGCCUUCUGGUACCACCACCAGUGCUGCGCCCUCUUCCUCCGAGACUGGAAGCUCUGGAGGCAACAAGGUUGUCAGGAACUUGGUCGCCAACGGUGGUUGCAACGAGCUCAACCCCAAUGAUCCCUCCGACAUCCCCAACUUCCGCAUUGAGGGCAGCGGCCAGGGCGUCACCGGCCAGGGAUACACCGGCGGCGGUAGCAAGGAGACCAACUGCGCUUCUCUGGCUGCCAACGGAAACCCCAGGCGUAAGAGAUCCCUCGGGCCGUCUGUCAGCAUCUCUCAGGAUCUUUCCAACUUGGACAAGAACGGUCUAUACACGAUCCAGUUCUUCUACCGUAUCACCUCGCAUCCUGGGAACGCGGGGUGUCUGCUGUCGGCCACCCUCGGGGGAUCUCCGUUCUAUUCUGCGGAGGUCGAUGCCAGCGAGGCUGGAUGGAUCAAGGUGCUUGAGCAGAUUACAUCCCCUUCUGAGACUUCGCCCAUUGAUAUCACCAUGACCUGCGAAGGUGACGAUGCCACCAUCCUUGUUGACUCCAUCUUUGUUUCCGAUGCUGUUACUCCAGAGACUAUUGAUGACUACGUCCUUGACUUUGGUGAUGGUGGUGCUCAGCAGACUGAUGCCGCGACUGGCUCUGUUACUGCCAGCGAGACUGCUAUCGAGACGGCUUCUGAGACCGACGCUCAGACUGAGGAGUCUACUACUGAGGCUACCGACGCUACUACUGUCACUGAGACUUCAGCCGGGGAAACCACCACUGCCGAGGAGACCUCUUCUGGUUUCGAGACUACCACCGUCGCCGAGACCUCCAGUGCUGCUGAGACCUCUGCUGCUGAUGAAACCACCACUGUUGAGGAGACUUCUGCAGCCGAGACUAGCACUGCGGAGACCGAGUCCACUACCGUCACUUCCGCUGCCAGCGAGACCACCUCUGCAGCCGAGGAAGAGGAGGAAUCAACCACCACCACCCCUGCUACCGAAACUACCUCAGCUGCUGAAGAGGAAGAUCAGACAACCACCGCCAGCACCUCUGCCGCCACUGCCACCGACGGCUGCCUUCCCUCGACCUGGGACGACGGCCCAGUCUUCUGCGAGGCCAAGCUCGAGGUCGAAGACACCUUCUGCGCUGUCCAAGGCAACGCCCCCUCCACCGCAUUUGAGCUGCUGGAUCUCUCCAGAUACCCCUGGCAGGGAUACGCCGAGCGCUGCGCGACCAUCUGCCAGCAGACCGAGGGCUGCAAGGUCUUUGGCUACACUGAUGAGCGAUGCGCCAUUGCUAGCGUCAACACUGUUAGCGACAUUGAGUGGGAGAGUGGUGGCGAUGAGGCUGAUAUGAUGGAGUGGUCUAACCUGGACUGCUUCGUCUGUGAUGAGACUUGCAUUGUUACCGAUAACUAG